CAGCAAAUAAACGGUGCCGUCUUUAUGGCGGCGCGGAGCGCCUAAGCCAAAAUUAAGGAUCCAAAAUGUUCAUUUCAAAAUUCAAUCGACCAAACAUUUGUUAAAAGAACAGGGGCAAAGGUGAUGGAAAUCGAAGGAACAAAUGGUUCAAAAUUGGCGCUAAAGUAUGGUUUCAAGACCGUAUUCGGAAGAGGCUCAGGGUUCAACACGAGCGACCGGACCGUGUCUCGCCAUCACGUUUUACUGGAGCUCGAAACUCUGGUCGACAAAAAAGGCGAGACCCAAAAGGAGCCUAGGGUUUCAUUCGAAGUUACAGGCACGAACCCGGUUUGGGUACGUAGCAGAACAAACGGAGAGAUAAAGGUUUUUAAAAAUUCCGACAAAGAUGAGCUGGCAGAUGGCGAUUGGCUCUGCGUUUCGAGUCGAAUCCCUGUUUGGUUUGUCUUGAAGAAGAGUGAAGAAAAUGGGAAAGAAGAAGAGAGAGAUUUAGGGAGUGAGAGUGGAGCAGAGACUGUUGACAUAGAAGAUAUUGACCAUGUUAAAGAAUUUGGCUUUCUCGUAAUGGGGCAUGAGUUUGAUCAGUAUCCGAAUCAAAGCAUCCGUAAUAUAAAGAAUUGGGACUGGUUCCUGGAGGAAUCCGGAAAAGAUAGCGAGGAUGAUGAUGAAACUGGUGGAGAAAGGAGGAGGGGCGGUAAGGGAAACAAGAGAAGGAAAGGAGACAAUGAUGACGACUGGACUGGUGAGGGUGAGGAUGAUAAGGAGGUUAUCGCGAAAGAGAGAAAGGUUCGGAGAGCAGUUUAUUCUACGAGAUCAAAGGAAUGUGACAAAUCAAAGGAGGAUAGUGGUGGAAAAAAUAGAAGUUCUGUGCAGAAGAAAUCUGUUUCUGCAGGGGAAGGAAACGGUGCAGAUGAAGAUGAUGAAACACUCGGAGGGUUUAUUGUGGAGGACGAUGAUGCAGAAAUAGAAGAAGAAAGCGAAUUGGAUGAAGAAGAGGAGGAAGAUUUUGAUGAUGAAGAUGAGGACAACGAGGAUGAUAAGUAAGUAGACAGCUUUCCCAUUUAACCUGUUUUAACUAGCAUGACAUCCAAGUUAAGAGUGGUUGUCUUGUCUGCAAACAUGGGGUGAAGAACAAUGAGUAUGUAACAAGUGUUGUAGUUUAUUUCUUGAAUCUUUUGUAAGGCUAAUUUCAAUGAGGUAUAUAUAUUUUUUCUGAUAUAUAUAGUCCAUAGGCUAUUCGGUUUGUUUCUUUUAGGAGCACCAGAUGAAUGCUAUGACCUGCAUCCGAGGAAUAUGCCUUAAAAGGCUUUAACAAAGGAGGUGAAGAUGCCUCUGCUUUUGUUGCAACUUGCAUAUUUCUGAUGUAGAAAUGCUUGCUAAUCUCAUUUCCGGGAAGGAAAAUCUGUCAGGGGCAUUCAAAUUUCAAACUGCUAUGAAACUUAAAACUUUUGAUCUGUUUGGGUUAGGAUGGCAUGGGAAUUGGGAAGUGGAAAGCAUAGAAACACUUCAUUUCAGUUUUAUAAGAGACCGGAAAGAAAGAAACUGCAUCAUCAUUCUUCUUCUUGACACCACUAUAUAAAAGCCAUUCACUGAAUUAUCCAAAAACCAAUUUUAAGUACAAAUUCAUCGAAAUUUUUAAUGAAACAAUGCAUGCUAUUUCUAUUUAUUAUUUUUACCCUGUAAAAGCCAAAUUUCCAAAUAAACAAAUAAAACAACAAGGUGGUUGAAAAGUAGUACUACAAAGAAAGCAUUACAAGCAGCAUUUCAGAUUUCAAAUUUCAAAUUUCAAAAAAUCUUGAUAAAUAGAGUUAGUACGAAUCUCCACACAUUUCAUUGAUGGUACUAUAUAUUUCUCCAAUAAUUUCAUUAAUUGAUCUGUUCUUAUGGAUUUAUGGUAAUGUCAGUUCAAUCCUACAAAAUAAAAUGAAACCAUAUCCUCCUUUCUAUCUUUUUCUGCCUAAAUUUAUUUUCUUCUCAUUUUUUAGAUUUAAAUUUAUUUAUAAAAAAAAGGCGGCAAAUUAGCCGUUUAAUCUUGUCAUCAGAAAACUGUCAGUUCAGGUGGUUUUUGUGGGUCCAACUGACA